AUGGUUGAAGCUGUUCCUGCUCUUACUGAAGUUGUUCUGGAAAGCUGUUCCUCUUCGGAAGCUGAUAGUGAAGAUGAUGUUUUUAAUCCCAGUGAUAGAUUUGGGAAGAAACAAACUCUUAAUACUGCACAUGCACGUUUUGUAGACAAGACAGACAAUGUUCUGGUGCACAGUUUAUUAUUGGAAGACCCUGAACGUCCAAUCGACGAGUCGACUCUAGUUUGGUCUGACGAAGAGCAUGAUGAAACCGUUGAAAACAUGAUUGAUCUUAUCAAUGUGAAUCAUCAAUUCAAUCUCGUCAUAGAACGAUUGAAGCCGCAGCUCCAAAAUUUCAAUAACAAGAUCGAACAGUUCUCUACAAGGGCCGAGUUAAUCGAGGGUAAAGUAAUUGGAAUUGUCAAUUGUGUGUUGUCGAACUUCAAAGACGAGAUAGGCAGAUCCGUAGAGGCAAUGGUUCCAGAUUUGUGCAAAAACUAUGCCGAAGUUCGUGGAGUUCCAGCAGCUCCCACUGUUGUUACAGGGAAUGGACAGGCUAUAUCUGCCCACCCAGACAAGCACGUUUUAGAUGGUAAUGCAAACACUAUCAUCAACAUCAUUCAGAACAUAAGUGAGUACUCUACACCGCCUUCUUCGCCGCAAAAUAAUCAGGCCAGUAAUAAAACUCCGUCUAUCGAAGGUGUUGCAAAACCCGGAUUUGCUAGUCCUGAUCCAGCUACGGAUUGCGGUGCUAUGUCAGCCCAUAGUCAGAACCAUAGUAGGCACACUGACAACAUCAUUCCUUUGGAGGAUGUCAAUACGGUUCCGCCUCACUUCAUCGAGACACCUUCUUUCUCCCUAGGACUUACACAAGAAGAACAUAUCCGAUCUGCAGAACCUCUAACACGCCAAAAAGUAGCCGAUGUGACAACUCUGUCUGAUAUUAACGUUGGUGAUAACAUAGCGUACCCUCAAUCUUUGCGUAAUAGCAAGCGUCAGAAGACUUUGCCUCCAGCCCUUGUACAUGAUUACUUAUGUGGUCCUCAUAUCGACUCUCGAUUGCAUCGUCCACGGGAGUCGGUGUUUGUAUGCUACGAGAGAAGGGAGAUAGAGAGGAAAAUCAACGUUCUUUCAAGGAAACUUUCCGUAAAUGUUGUUAUCAACGUUGGUGGAUUAGCUGUUUCCUCAAAAGAAAUGCUUCUUAUGGCCAAGAGAUCACGACUAUACCCUGGAAAGGUUGUUGAUAUACUGAUUCGUCUUGUGCGAUGUGUGGUAUCACUGCCGACAUCUUCGGAAAGGAGUUAUUAUUUUCUGGAUACCAGAUUUGGUACUUCAAUUGUCAGGAACUACCAAAAGUUUUCGAAAGCUAAGAAAAAAGAGUCCUUUAAGUUUCCCAAAGGAGUUGUGAACUUUUUUGGUGAAAGAGAUGCCUCUCCGCGGUUGGGUAUACGUUACUACUUCCCACUCAAUUUAGGGAAAAAGCAUUGGAUUGGAGUAUGCUUUGACACAUCUAGGGGUAAACUCUAUGUUCUUGACUGCAAUGUGGCUUUAUUCAAUGAAACAUCGAUGGGUAGAUUUCUUUAUCCAUUCCUCCAGAUGUUGCCAUAUCUGGCAAGACAAUUUGGUAAAGAAAUGGGAACGCAAUGUGUUACGCCUUAUAAGUUUGAUAGACCAAAGUCAGUUUUCCAAAGUGAUAAUCCUGCAGAUGCUGGCUUGAUCGCGGUGUUGUUAAUGGUUAGACAUGCUGUAUAUGGUUUUGAGGCGUGUAGGAAUUUAUCUCCCGAAACGGUUGCUGAUGAAGGAAAGAGUGCUGCUAUAAUGGCUUUGGAGUCGACAGAGAAGCUGUAG